ACAGAUCUGGCAGUGGGAAGAGUUAGAGGGACGGAGACCAGAGGGGAAGUGCCGCGGAAGACUUCCGAGAGUGCGCCGGAAGUACAGGUGUCGGCAAAGUCCAACUGGGGCUAGAGUCCUCGCUAUCCGGCAGGCGAAAACCCAAAACGCCAGAUACCCGAGGCCAAACUAACGCUGCCAUUGUAGCCACCAGCGGGUUCCAUUUCUGUGCUUUCGUUGGCUUGCCUUGAAGUGAGCCGUGGACGAGUCGCUCUCUGCGUCCAGCUUGGAAAACGAGGUGGUUGUUCAGGCAGUGCCUGUGGACCCGACAGCCAGAGAGAUCCUGGCUUCUGAGACUGCCAUCCGAGAAACUCAGGAGGAGGAGCUGACCAUUUCUGUGUUCCUAAUCACCCUGUGGCUGGAGCCAACAUGUCACAGGCCACCAAGAGGAAGCAUGUGGUGAAAGAGGUGCUAGGGGAGCACAUAGUACCCUCUGACCGACAGCAGAUAGUGAGGGUGCUCAGGACCCCAGGGAACAAUCUGCAUGAGGUGGAGACGGCCCAAGGGCAGCGCUUCCUGGUGAGCAUGCCUUCCAAAUACCGCAAAAACAUCUGGAUCAAGAGAGGGGACUUUCUGAUUGUUGACCCCAUUGAAGAAGGAGAGAAGGUGAAGGCUGAGAUCUCCUUUGUGCUUUGCAAGGACCACGUGCGCGCUCUGCAGAAGGAGGGGUUCUGGCCUGAGGCCUUCUCUGAAGUGGCUGAGAAGGACAACAACAGGAACAGACAAGCUCAGCCAGAACUCCCUGCGGAGCCGCAGUCAUCGGGAGAGGAGUCUGGCUCUGAAGAUGACUCUGACCUCUUCGUUAACACCAACCGCAGGCAGUAUUUUGAGAGUGAGGAGGAAAGUGAAGAGGAAGAGGCUGCUUGAGACCUGGGUUGCUCUUCUCCACUUGCUCAGGGACUGGUCCCAGGCUCCCCAGGCUUGGACAUUCCCAGGGAGCCCUGCAGAUCUUUGCCCCUGGAUGGGGACAAGGCAGGGUCCCUCUGUGAACUGUCUUUCUGACUUUGGUGAAUUAAACCCCUGGUGGGUGGUGACUUGGUUGGUGUCUGAGUAACUCUCGGGGAGAGGGAGGCUUGUGAUGUAAAAACCUGCUCCUUGGCUGGGGAUUUAGCUCAGUGGCCUAAGCGCCUGCCUGGCAAGCGCAAGGUUGUGAGUUCGAUCCCUGGCACAAAAAAAAAAAAAAAAAAACCUCAUCCUUGGGCGCUUAGGGUCCAGUGGGCAGAAUGGGAAGGAAAUGGGGAUGGGCAAGUGGUUGGCCCACACAUGCUCUCAUUGGGUGCUCAGUGCAGGCUUCGUGCUAUUCUUGCAAUGUGUGUAGCAGCGGGGAGCCACCCACUUUGUUGCCUGUUCGAACUUAAUUCCGAUUCAAGCAUUCAGGGAUGUAGACUAGGAGCUGCCAGUAAGCUGCUCAGGACAAAUCUCUUGGUGCCUCCUGAGCCACUUCCCUGGCCUCUAGUCUUCCGUACCACACAUGCCCAGCACUUGCUGCCUUAUGUCCACUGACUAGACCCUAUGUCUCUCUUACCCUUUACCAUCUGUCACCUUCGGAUUGUGUGCUUUGUGGUCUAUAAACCGAUACCUAUACCUGA